AUGGCGGUAGCUGGCAGCUCCGAACAACUACCCGGACUGACCAGUAUGCUUCAUCGACGCCGUCUGCGAACCCUUUGCCGGCGCUGCCAGUACGGUCGAGCUGCUGCCGCGCUGACAAAAUUCUAUCCCCAGGUGGUCGAGCGUUAUCCGGAGCUGUUGGUCCAGUUGCGCUGUCGUCAGCUGGUUGAAAUGAAUCACAUCGCACCCAUGGAUGUGGACAGCUACCCGCAAAGUGACGGUGCCAGCAAACCCGAUCACCUGAGCCCCAAAAGUGCAUCCGUGCCGCUCGAUGUGAACGGCGGUGGCGUCGGCGCAUCCGACCAUAGCGUCCUGCAAAAUGGCUGUAAAAAUAUCGAGCCCGCAGUAGUACCAGAGUUG